GAUGAUUGUCAUUCUUUUAUAUCUUUUCCUCAGCCACGAGAGGAAAACAUUGCGUAUUUUCUGAUAUUUCCUGCAUUUUCUUCACUCUCCACGCAAUUUGAGUGAUUUGAGAUCUCCAACCAUGGAUGUUGAAGAAGUAAACAUUAGUGUGGAAGAGACAGUGGCUAAGAAAGUAGCGAAAAAACGACGUCAGAACGAUGCGAUGGAAGUUGAUCAAGUCUCGGGAAUUGAAGGAGCCCCAAAGUCUGCAGCAUCUGGACGGAAGCGCGCCAAAUCCAAUGUAGAUCAGAGAAAGAUCAUCGUCCCUCUCAGAAGGUUGGGAGCUUUGAAGGAGAAUUGGCUGAAAAUCGUGAACCCCUUGACGGAGAAUCUCAAUCUUCAGGUGAGAUUUAACCUGAAGAGCCGCCAGGUGGAGAUGCGACUGGGUCCAGAGACUCCGGAUGUGGCGAAUCUGCAGAAAGGCGCAGAUUUCGUCAAGGCCUUCGUAUAUGGAUUUGAAGUUGAUGACGCUCUGGCCCUCCUGCGUCUGGACGAUCUCUUCGUGGAGACUUUCGAUGUCAUGGACGUGAAGACGCUGCGCGGGGAUCACAAGAGUCGUGCAAUUGGCCGAUUGGCCGGCAAAGGCGGACGGACGAAGUACACGAUAGAGAACACAACGAAGACGAGGAUUGUUCUCGCCGACAGCAGAGUUCACAUCCUGGGCAGCUUCCAAAAUAUCCAACUCGCCCGGAGGGCCAUCUGCAACCUGAUCAUCGGCUCCCCGCCUAACAAAGUCUACGGGAAUCUGCGAUCAGUGGCUGGACGGAUUUCUGAGAGGAUUUAAGCGUAUUUAUUAUGAAGGAUUAAAUUUUGGUAAAGAUCAAUACGA